UUUGGGACAAGACCCAUAUGGUACCAGCAAGCUACAUUAGCUGCUUGUUCCAGAGGUUGGCUCUGAGAAUGCGUAUAAUCUUGCAUGGUAGAUCACAAAAUCAUUGUUGAGAUGUAGAGCUUAGUGAUAUGGUUUAGUGGAGGACUUGUUAUUGUUAGGUCAGAGGUUGGACUCAGUGAUCUUGGAGGUCUCUUCCAACCUAGAUGAUUCUGUGAUUCUGUGAUUUUUUGCAUUUAGUUUUCCCUGAUGCAAGCUGGAAAUCUAUCUGGAAAAGGUGCAUUCUAGUGAGCAGCCUGUAUCGCUGUACUAAGCUCACCUUGUAAGCACUUACUCUGAGAACUCUAGUGACAAAUACAUGUGCUAUGGAUUUUAGGGUCCAAACUUCUACAGUGUAGGCAUCAAUAUGUCUAUUAACAAAAAAGGACAGUAACAGUCUGUUACUUAAAACACAUACACAAAGCAACUAUGCAAAUUGAUCGAGGCAUAAAAGACCCCCGCUUAGAAGUAAGGAAAGGUGAGAAUCAGGAUUUCUGGAGUAACAAUUUUUUGAUCUUCUUGCUGAUGUGUAGUGCAUUACAGUUUUUAGUUGCACGUUUGACUAUUUUUCCAUAGCAUGCAGUCAGUGAGCAACAUGGACACUGUUGUGAGAAUGGGGCAUGGAUGGGCGUGCUAUUCUCUCUUCUUUCAUUACUAAAGUUGCAUAGAGAGUCAGAAAAGCAGAUACACCUGUUGAAUGCUGCAUUAGUUUCCUUCUCCACUGAAAGAAGCUGGCAACAGAGGACUGAGGAAUGAGUACAUCUACAUUACGGUGCUGUUCAGCAACACCUGAGUUUAAAUAGUCAUGCGAGUAAAGAAAAUUAGACUGUGCAGUUUCUUGCUGCUCUGCCUCCAGUGCCCUGGUAUCCAGACUACUUUGUUUAGAGUUAAUGUGGAUUUCUAACACUGCAGUAUUGCCUGCAGUGGUGACAUGCUCAGUUUAUCUGAUCUCAGUUCAGGUGGAAACAUCAGAGUGUGCAAGAACAGCAGGUACAGGUUGAAUCCCCAUUAACCCCAGUGGUCUUAAGUAGAAUGCUUCUGUGUAUUACUUCUGAGGUGGAAUUUAACCAUCGUGUAUACGACAGGAUGAGAAGAUUGCUAGAAGAAGGGCAGAACUUGUAGCAGAACAAAAAGAAAGGAAACAGGAGGUUUUAGCAAACAGGGAACAUGACGAAGCCAGUGAGGAGGAAGAUGAGAGUGAAAAUGAAGACAUUGAAGCUAUACUUGAAGAGGAGUUUUUAGAAGAAGAAGAAGAAGAGGCUGAAGAAGAACAGGAGAUUGAUGCUGUUGAGCGCAUGCAAAAUGAGAUUGCAGAGAAGUUUGAUUCAGAAAGAGACAAUUUACAAGGUGUACAGGAAGAACUGGAAAAUUUGCUAAUACCACUAAUUGAGAUCAAUGGAGGACGAAAGCCUCACAUCGUACGCUACCAAAUAUAUUGCAAGCUGAAUUCUCUAGUGGAAAACCGUGGAAGCAUUUUUGAGAAAUGUUACCCGAUAAGUUUGCCACUUGCACAUAAGAUGUUAAUUUUCUUAUAUAAGUUUCCAAGUUCUUUUGGUCAGUGGGAUCCAAUCAAGCUAAGUGAAGGAGAGGUAAUCAAGCCAGCACAAAGCCCUGAAAACACACUCUUUCCUGUAAUCCAUCGACAAUAUAUUUAUUUCUUUUCAAGUAAAGAAAAUAAAGAAACAUUUAUGAAAAAUCCCAUCAAAUAUAUUUGUCAGCCAAAACCUAAACCACCUGUGCCAGUUAAGAUUGCAGUUGUGGGACCUCCAAAAUCUGGGAAGACUACAGUUGCCAGGAAAUUUGCAAGCAUAUAUGGGCUGCUGCGGCUGACUAUAGGAGAUGCCAUCCGGCUAGUGAUAAACAAUCAGCCCGAGAGUGCCUUGGGACUUCAGUUAAAGCGGCACCUUCACAAAGGACUGACUGUCCCUGAUGAACUGGCCAUCCAGGCCCUGGAUGUGGCUCUGAUGAAUCGUGUAUGUAUGAGCACUGGAGUUGUUAUUGAUGGGUAUCCUGUAACAAGAAAACAAGUAAGGCUUCUGGAAUCAGCUAGGAUAAUUCCAGUGAAAAUCUUUGAAUUAGAAAUGGAUGCAAAGGAAGUGUUCAGAAGAGCUCUGUUGGACAAAGAAAGCAUGAAUAGACCUUUCUGCCCUGUACAUGACAGCUCACAGAUUCUAGCAAUUAAAAAUUCCUGCUAUAAACAGCAUAUUGAUGCAAUCAGGACCUACUAUAAGAAGGAGCACCAGAACUGGUGUGUGAUUGAUGCCUCUCAGAGCAAGUGGUGGAUAUGGAACAAAGUACUGCGGGAAGUUCAAGUGGUUGUUAAAGAAAUACAGAUAUACCUGGAAAGAAUAAAAGAAGGCAAAGCAGCCAACAUUGCUGAUUUAUGUAUCACCCCUGAAGAGCUGCAGUGUCGGCUGGGGGAGUUUGGGCAGUACUGUCCCGUCAGCCUUGCAGAGAAGGGUGAAUUGGUUGACUGCUCUAGCACAUCAUCACUGCAGUUUGCUGCAGAGUUUCGAGGACACUACUACAAAAUGGCUUCACAGGAAGAACUGGAGAAAUUCUUGAGCAGACCAGAAGUUUAUGUGCCACCACUGGCACCUCACCCUCUUCCACCGCCACACAUGCUACCAAAAAGACUAACAGCAGCAGAAGUGAAGGCCUUAUUCCCCAGAAGUGCUGAAAUGCAGGGAUACUGUCCAGUCACUUACCUGGAUGGAAAACAGAGAUAUGAAGCUUUGGUGCCUGGCAACAUUGAGUACGCUGUAACAUACCAAGAUAAGGUAUAUGUUUUUGAGACUGAGGAAAAACUUCUGAAGUUUACGAGGUUACCAGAGAAGUACUGGAAUUUGAAGCUUCCACGUAAGCUCCCUCCAAAAAAGGAGCCAAUGCUACUCACUGCACUUCCCAUGGCUGGAUACCUUGAACAGGGAGUAGCAACUUCUCUAAUAAAAGCUCUGAAUGAAGUUGGAUGCUUAAAGCCGAAGUUUCCAUUCCUAAGCGUAAAAAAAACUGCUCUGUUGUUUGUGGCCUGCCAUUUAAAAGCGCACAACCCGCGGAGCUCGGCGCAGGGCCGCCAGGCGUACCGGCGGAAGCUGGCGGAGCUGAGGGAGCACUGCGAGCUCGUCUCCUACCUGGGCCGGGCGAUGCCGCGCCACUACACCGAACCCCACCGCCGGCCCCCCGGCUUCGACCUCAAGCUGCGGACCUUCCUCUCCCUCAAGGACGCCCGCCCCACCUUCCCCUAG